UUUGUUUUUGUGUGGGCAAAGGGGGCAUUUUGUAUUGAUAUUAUUGUUCUUCUGCAGUACUGAUAACAUAAAUAUCAAAGAUGAUUAGGACCAUGUUUCAACAUGCCAGGAAACAUCCAGGGUUAGUCCCCCAGUUUUUCUUCAUGACACUAGGCAUCUCAGGAGCCUCCUUCUACCUGAUUCGUCUGGCAAGAGGACCUCAUGUCAACUGGUGGGACAAAAAGAACAAGCCAGAGCCUUGGAACAAGCUCGACCCGACCUACCAGUACAAGUUUGUGGCCGUCAACACUGACUACAAGAGUUUGAAGAAGGAGGGCCCUGACUUCUAAAGGUCCUCCAGGCAACUCCAGGAGCACAAAGUUUGGCAGGACCUCCUCUCAUCAACGGGGUGUUGAGAAACUGCUUCGUCUACAUUUCCCACCUCUCCUCUGCUCAGGAACGCUUAAUGAACGCCGUA